AUGAUGGCCACACGUCGGACUGGUCAGCCGGAGGGAGAUGGUGACACGCUGAAGGCCCACGGGCCCCCCGCCUGUGAGGUGUCAAAAAAUAAAGAUGGAAGGGAACAAAGUGAAACAGUAUCACCAUCUGAAGACGAAGCAUUCUCCUGGCCAGGUCCCAAAACAGUUAUGUUGAAAAGAACAUCUCAAGGCUUUGGUUUUACAUUAAGGCAUUUCAUUGUUUAUCCCCCAGAGUCUGCAAUUCAAUUUUCAUAUAAGGAUGAAGAAAAUGGCAACAGAGGAGGAAAACAAAGAAACCGUUUGGAACCAAUGGAUACCAUAUUUGUUAAGCAGGUUAAAGAAGGAGGACCAGCUUUUGAGGCCGGAUUAUGCACAGGUGACCGAAUUAUAAAAGUCAAUGGAGAAAGUGUUAUUGGAAAGACCUAUUCCCAAGUAAUUGCUUUAAUUCAGAACAGUGAUACAACAUUGGAACUUAGUGUUAUGCCAAAAGAUGAAGACAUUCUCCAAGUGGCGUAUUCUCAAGAUGCCUACCUGAAAGGCAAUGAAGCCUACAGUGGCAAUGCCCGCAAUAUCCCCGAGCCUCCACCAAUCUGCUACCCCUGGCUGCCAUCUGCCCCUUCAGCCAUGGCAGCGCCAGCGGAAGUAUCUCCUCCGGACUUCUCAUCCAGCAAACAGCAGACCAGCACCCCAGUACUCGCCCAGCCCAGCAGGGCCUACAGAAUGGAAAUACAAGUGCCUCCAUCACCCACAGACGUCUCAAAGUCGAACACAGUGGUGUGUGUUUGCAAUGAGAGUGUGAGGACCGUCAUUGUACCUUCUGAGAAGGUUGUAGAUUUGUUACCUAAUAGAAACAACCACACAGUUCCCUCGCACAGAACUGAGGAGGUGAGGUAUGGCCUAAGUGAGCAGCCCCCUUUAAAAACAGUGUCAAGAACCACAUCACCACCAUCAUCCAUUCCCACGGCCCACCUAAUUCACCAGGCUCCAGGCUCCAGAUCGUUGGAACCUUCUGGAAUUUUACUCAAGUCUGGCAAUUACAGUGGACGAUCAGAAGGAAUCUCGAGCAAAAGAUCUCAAGCGUUGGAUUCUCCUUCCGUGUCUGUUAAUCAUUAUUCUCCAAAUUCCCAUCAGCACAUAGACUGGAGAAACUAUAAAACUUACAAAGAGUAUAUUGAUAACAGGCGAUUGCACAUGGGUUGUCGGACAAUUCAGGAAAGAUUAGAUAGCUUAAGGGCAGCGUCUCAGAGCACCGCGGACUACAACCAGGUGGUCCCGAACCGCACGACCUCGCAGGUACGACGCCGCAGCGCCUCUCACGACCGCGCGCCGCAGGCCGUGCAGAUCCGCCAGCGCAGCGUGUCCCAGGAGAGGCUGGAGGACGCGGCGCUGAUGAAGUUCUGUCCUCGCAGUGCGUCGCAGGGGGCGCUCACCGCCCCACCUGUCAGCUUUAGCAAUCACAGGACCCGCUCGUGGGAUUAUAUCGAAGGACAGGGGGAAACCGUGGAAAACGUCGCUUCUGAAAGUCAAAUGCCAGAUUCAAAUGGAGAAAGGAAACAGACUUACAAGUGGAGUGGGUUCACUGAGCAGGACGAUAGGCGAGGCAUUUACGAAAGACCCAGGCAGCAAGAAAUCCACAGAUCUUUCCGAGGUUCCAGUUUUACCGUGGCUCCGAGUGCUGUGAAUUCUGAUGUUAGGCGAAGCGGUGGCAGAGCAGUGGGAGCUGUGUCUCAGUUUACAAAAGUUCCACCGGAUCUAAAGGCGGCACAGUCAAACAGAAGUUUCCAAACCACUGGUGGAAUGUCACUGCCUCAAGGCGUUUCACAAAGCAGGUCGCCUCUUGUCAAAGUCAGAAGUAAUUCUCUGAAAGCACCUUCGAUGCAGGUCGCAAAACCAUCCUUUAGCCAGAGUUCCUUUGUUUCUAUCAAAGACCAAAGACCAGUAAAUCACUUGCAUCAAAACAGUCUGUUGAAUCAGCAGGCGCGGGUAAGAUCUGAGAGCGUCCCCAGUCACCAGGUGGAGACUGGGAAAGCCCCCUGUCUAUCCGGAGCUCCUCAGGCUGCCCCUCAGGUGAAUGACAACUCUGGCACUUCAGAAGGAGAAUCACCUGCCACGCAAAGGAUCCAGGAUGUACAUUUGCAAGCGGCUGACAUUGAGCAGUCAGAUACUGUAGAUAGUAAAGAAACUGUCAUCCUAAGAGAAAAGCCUCCCUCUGGUCGCCAAACACCACAGCCUCUGAGGCAUCAGUCUUACAUCUUGGCAGUAAAUGACCACGAGGCCGCAUCAGACACUACCUGCUGGCUGCCCAAUGACGCACGCCGAGAGGUCCAUAUAAAAAGGAUCGAGGAAAGAAAGGCCUCCAGCACCAGCCCGCCUGCUGACUCCUUGGCCUCCAUCCCAUUCAUAGAUGAACCAACUAGCCCUAGCAUUGAUCAUGAUAUUGCGCAUAUCCCUGCUUCUGCUGUCAUCUCAGCCUCUACCUCUCAAGCACCCUCUCUAGCAACAGUCCCUCCCAGCCUUACAACUUCAGCUCCUUUAAUUCGACGUCAGCUCUCCCAUGACCAGGAAUCUGUUGGACCUUCCAGCCUGGAUGCCCAGCCCAACUCAAAGACAGAAAGAUCAAAAUCAUAUGAUGAGGGCCUAGAUGAUUACAGAGAAGAUGGAAAAUUGUCUUUUAAGCACAUAUCCACCCUGAAGGGAAACAAGAUGUCAGACAGCCAAAAGUCAUCAGAAGACUCUGGAUCCAGAAAAGACUCUUCCUCAGAGGUUUUCAGUGAUGCUGCGAAGGAGGGAUGGCUCCAUUACAGGCCACUUGUCACCGAUAAGGGCAAGCGAGUUGGUGGGAGUAUUCGGCCAUGGAAGCAGAUGUAUGUUGUACUUCGGGGCCAUUCACUUUACCUGUACAAAGAUAAAAGAGAACAGAUGAUUCCAUCUGAAGAAGAACAACCCAUCAGUGUGAACGCUUGUUUAAUAGACAUCUCGUACAGUGAGACCAAGAGGAAGAAUGUGUUCCGACUUACCACAUCAGACUGUGAAUGCCUCUUUCAGGCAGAAGACAGAGACGAUAUGUUAGCUUGGAUCAAGACCAUCCAGGAGAGCAGCAACCUAAAUGAAGAGGACACUGGUGUUACUAACAGGGAUCUAAUUAGCCGAAGAAUAAAAGAAUAUAACAGUCUGAUGAGCAAAGCGGAACAGUUGCCAAAAACACCUCGCCAGAGUCUCAGCAUCAGGCAGACCUUGCUUGGUGCUAAAUCCGAGCCAAAGACGCAAAGUCCACAUUCCCCAAAGGAGGAGUCAGAGAGGAGACUGCUCAGUAAAGAUGAAACCAGUCCCCCAAAAGACAAAGGCACAUGGAGAAAAGGCAUCCCGAGCAUCAUGAGAAAGACUUUCGAAAAAAAGCCUACUGCCACCGGGACGUUCGGGGUCAGAUUGGAUGAUUGCCCACCAGCUCACACCAAUCGGUAUAUUCCAUUAAUAGUUGACAUAUGUUGCAAAUUAGUUGAAGAAAGAGGUCUUGAAUAUACAGGUAUUUACAGAGUUCCUGGAAAUAAUGCAGCCAUCUCAAGCAUGCAAGAAGAACUCAACAAGGGAAUGGCUGAUAUUGAUAUACAAGAUGAUAAAUGGCGAGAUUUGAAUGUGAUAAGCAGUUUACUAAAAUCCUUCUUCAGAAAACUCCCUGAACCUCUCUUCACAAAUGAUAAAUAUGCCGACUUUAUUGAAGCUAACCGGAAAGAAGAUCCUCUAGAUCGUCUGAAAACAUUAAAAAGACUAAUUCACGAUUUGCCAGAACAUCAUUAUGAAACACUUAAGUUUCUUUCGGCUCAUCUGAAGACAGUGGCAGAAAAUUCAGAAAAAAAUAAGAUGGAACCAAGAAACCUAGCAAUAGUUUUUGGCCCAACUCUGGUGAGAACAUCCGAAGAUAACAUGACGCACAUGGUCACCCACAUGCCGGACCAGUACAAGAUCGUGGAGACGCUUAUCCAGCACCAUGACUGGUUUUUCACAGAAGAAGGUGCUGAAGAACCUCUUACAACAGUGCAGGAGGAAAACACAGUGGACUCUCAGCCAGUGCCAAACAUAGAUCACUUACUCACCAACAUUGGAAGGACAGGCGUGUCCCCUGGAGAUGUAUCAGAUUCAGCUACUAGUGACUCAACAAAAUCUAAGGGUUCUUGGGGAUCCGGAAAGGAUCAGUAUAGCAGGGAGCUGCUGGUGUCCUCCAUCUUCGCCGCUGCUAGCCGCAAGAGGAAGAAGCCAAAAGAAAAGGCCCAGCCUAGCAGCUCAGAAGACGAACUGGACAAUGUGUUUUUUAAGAAAGAAAACGCAGAGCAGUGUCAGAACGAUACCAAAACAGAAUCCAAAAGAGAGAACGAGACGUCCUCGGGCAGAAAACAGCGGCUCGCCAGUUGCAAAGAAAAUAACGCCAAGAAAGACAGCGGCGCCGCCAAAGACGACAAGGCGCCCCUGCACAAGGAGAGCGCCCCCUCCGGGGAGCCCUCGCCCCCGCACGCCUCCCGGCGCAGCAAGUCGCCCACCCUGAGCUGCCGCUUCGCUGUCCUGAAGGAGAAGGGGGCGCCGAAGGCCCCCCCGGGGGACGAGACGGGCUCGGACUCGGGCACCCUGCUCAGCACGUCCUCCCAGGCGUCCCUGGCCAGGCUCUCCACCAAGAAGUCCACCAGCCCGGACCCCCGGUACCCCGAGUUCCUGGCCCACGCCGGCACCAUCACCUCCGAUUACUCCACCACGUCGUCGGCGGCCACCUGCCUGACCGGCCCGGACGGCAGCCGCCUCAGCCCCGACCUGCGCUCCGUGGCGGAGAGCCGGGGGGACGAGGCGGACGACGAGCGCAGCGAGCUCAUCAGCGAGGGCCGGCCGGUGGAGACGGACAGCGAGAGCGACUUCCCGGUCUUCCCGGCCGCGCGGCCGCCCCGGGGAGGCAGGCCGCCCGAGGCGCGCGCCGGCCGCCGGGGCUCCGAGGGCAGCGAGCUGAGCGGCGCGGAGGGCAGCCUCACGCCCAGCCUGGACGGCCGGCGGCCGCCCUUCUGCUCCCACAGGCUCAUCGAGUGCGACACGCUGUCCCGCAGGAAGUCCGCGCGCGCCCGGCCCGACGGCGGCGGCGGCUCCCCGGGCGAUGCCAGGGCUGAGCGCGAAGCGCCCUCCAUCACCAAAGUGUUCGACGUCAUGAAGAAGGGAAAGUCCACCGGGAGCCUGCUGGCGCCGGCCCGGAGCGAGCCGGAGAGGCAGGAGCCCACCUGGAAGACCAAGAUCGCCGACCGGCUAAAGCUGAGGCCCAGGGCCCCGGCCGACGACAUGUUCGGGGUGGGCAGCCAGAAGCUGGGCGCCGAGCCCGCCAAGAGGAAGAACAUCCGGCGCCGGCACACGCUCGGGGGCCACCGGGACGCCUCUGAGAUCAGCAUCUUGAAUUUCUGGCGAGUGCCGGAGCCGAGCGGGGAGCCCGAGCUCUCGGCCGUGACGCGGCUGAAGCCCCGGUGCCCGGCCCAGGACCCGUCCAUCGCCGCCUGGCUGGCCCGGGAGCGCCUGCGCGCCAGCGCCUCCGACCUGAGCGGGGCCGCGGGGGGCGCAGAAGCCCCCGCGGCGGACACGCCUGUGUCUUCCCAGCCCGAUGCCCGCGCUCCUCCCAGUCCCCUGGCUCCCACCCCAAGGCCCCUCCUUUCCCUCCCACCACAGCCGCCUGACCAAGUAAACGGAGGGAGCUUCCAGAACAUGAGCCAGAAUGCUAGUGCUGCAGGGAAUGCCCAACCUCACAAACUGUCCGAGUCCCCAGGCAAUAAAGCACAGCUCCAUCCCUGUCUUUGA